UGACGACUAACGCAUGCCCGAUUUUAAUUUAAUAUCGAUUUUACAAUCGAUUUAAGAUCUGUUAUUACCGGACGUGACGUCACCAUUACCUCACUACAUUUUCACAAAAUGUGACGAUACAAUUUUAAACACAUCUCUAACCCGCGCCAAACAUCGCUUAUAAACGACCAUGACGACUAACGCAUGCCCGAUUUUAAUUUAUUAUCGAUUUUACAAUCGAUUUAAGAUCUUAUUACCGGACGUUACGUCAUCACUUACCUCACUACAUUUUUACAAAAUGUGACGAUACAAUUUUAAACACAUCUCUAACCCGCGCCAAACAUCGCUUAUAAACGACCGUGACGAAUAACGCAUGCCCGAUUUUAAUUUAUUAUCGAUUUUACAAUCGAUUUAAGAUCUUAUUACCGGACGUGACGUCACCAUUACCUCACUACAUUUUUACAAAAUGUGGCGAAACAAUUUUAAACACAUCCAUAACCGCGCCAACCAUCGCUUAUAAACGACAAGGAACGCAUGCCCGAUUUUAAUUUAAUAUCGAUUUUACAAUCGAUUUAAGAUCUGUUAUUACCGGACGUGACGUCAACACUUACCUCACUACAUUUUUACAAAAUGUGGCGAAACAAUUUUAAACACAUGCCUAACCCGCGCCAACCAUCGCUUAUAAACGACGAUGACGACUAACGCACGCCCGAUUUUAAUUUAAUAUCGAUUUUACAAUCGAUUUAAGAUCUGUUAUUACCGGACGUGACGUCGGCACUUCCUCCCCGCUACUCUUUCCCUCAUCAGCCGGCUUCGGGCACCUCAGUCGAGAAAUUUUUUUCGUUUUAAGAAAAUAAUUAAAUUAAUUUCCUUUACGUUUUAACACAAAAUAAAACUUGCACAUCGUGUUAAUUAUGUCUUAAAAGCUCCGCUCGUUUGUCUUUUUAAAAGGAGCCGAGGGCAGUUAAAAAGGGAAAAAAAAUAUUUUUUUUUCAUUUGAGGAAGACGCAGACGAAUCGGGCAGGAUGAGUGGUGUGGCUCUGGGCCUCGAGGUGCCUGCCUGCCUGCUGCUGGCCUUCCUGCUCCUCUGUAAGUACGGCGACGUCAAGAGACAGCACAAAGUGGUGCUGACCGCAACUCUACUGGCAUGGACGCUGUGUUUCAUCAUCGUCGCCACCAUCCCUCUUGAUGUCACUACGACCAUCUACCGUCAGUGUCUCUACCGGAACUCGCAGAAACUUCCGCAGGGCGUCAACGCAACAACCACCACCAUCACCACCACCACCAUCACCACCAAGGAUAACCACAGUUUUACCACCACCAGGACUACUGAUGCCAGCCCCAUGUCCGUGUGUAAGAAGCCCUGGUCGUACGUGCCAGACCGAGUCUUACCCACGUUCUGGCACGUGGUGUAUUGGACAUCCCAGUUCCUCACCUGGCUCCUUCUACCCUUCAUGCAGUCUUAUGCAGCUGCUGGUGACUUCACCGUCAGUGGCAAAGUCCGCACAGCUCUGGUAGAGAAUGCCAUUUACUACGGCUCCUAUCUACUCAUCUUUCUGUCCCUCCUGCUCUACGCCAUUGCUCACCCAAGCCUGCACCUCACCGGCUCCCAGCUUCGAGUGAUUGGCAUCACUGCCAGUAACACGUGGGGCCUGUUGCUGCUUGUGCUGCUCAUGGGCUAUGGCCUGGUGGAGCUCCCACGUGCUCACUGGACACGUGGUCACCCUCAGCGGGCACUCACCAAGGCGCUCUUCCACUGCUCGAGACUCGCGGGGGAGCGAGCGGAGGCCGCUGAGAACCUCGAAGAUCUGGCGGAGGAGAUCAAAAAACUGAGUGAAGUCAUCAAGUACAAUCAUCCGCUACGUAGACACCUGGAUACCAUCAUCAGCAAGUUUUCAGCUCCCGUCCAGGAGUCGAUGUUCCGCUCCCUGGAGGACUUUGAGGAGAUGGAGGGGCAAAGCCCCUCACUGCCAAGCCUCAAAAGCCUGGCCAAGACUCACAAGCAGGUGAUCAAGGCUGUCCAGCGUCACCACCGCACGGAGUUGGCUUGGGAGGCCUUGCUAGAGGAGGCCCUGAUGCUUCAGGACACUGUCACCUGCUCUGGGUCGCCGUCCCGAACCUUCGCCCACUCCACUCCGGGGUCAUCGUCGCGGAGUCGGGCGGUGUGGCUCACACCCAGCAUGGAGUGGUGGUGGCGAUGUCGUCUGCACCCGUGGCUCAGCUGCUUGACGUGCCUCUUGCUCUCGCUGCUCAGCACCAUCGUGGUGUGGACGGAGUGCUCAUUCUUCUCCACCAAGCCCGUGCUCUCUGUCUUCGCCCUGAUCAUCUCGCACGCCGAGGCCAGAGAGAACUACCUCGCCAUCGAGGUGACGGGAGGCUCACCAGCUCGCUCACCAGCUCACCAGCUCACUCACCAGCUCACUCACCAGCUCACUCACCAGCUCCCCGUGCUCUCUGUCUUCGCUCUGAUCAUCUCGCACGCCGAGGCCAGAGAGAACUACCUCGCCAUCGAGCCCGUGCUCUCUGUCUUCGCUCUGAUCAUCUCGCACGCCGAGGCCAGAGAGAACUACCUCGCCAUCGAGCCCGUGCUCUCUGUCUUCGCCCUGAUCAUCUCGCACACCGAGGCCAGAGAGAACUACCUCGCCAUCGAGCCCGUGCUCUCUGUCUUCGCCCUGAUCAUCUCGCACGCCGAGGCCAGAGAGAACUACCUCGCCAUCGAGCCCGUGCUCUCUGUCUUCGCCCUGAUCAUCUCGCACGCCGAGGCCAGAGAGAACUACCUCGCCAUCGAGCCCGUGCUCUCUGUCUUCGCCCUGAUCAUCUCGCACGCCGAGGCCAGAGAGAACUACCUCGCCAUCGAGCCCGUGCUCUCUGUCUUCGCCCUGAUCAUCUCGCACGCCGAGGCCAGAGAGAACUACCUCGCCAUCGAGCCCGUGCUCUCUGUCUUCGCCCUGAUCAUCUCGCACACCGAGGCCAGAGAGAACUACCUCGCCAUCGAGCCCGUGCUCUCUGUCUUCGCUCUGAUCAUCUCGCACGCCGAGGCCAGAGAGAACUACCUCGCCAUCGAGCCCGUGCUCUCUGUCUUCGCCCUGAUCAUCUCGCACGCCGAGGCCAGAGAGAACUACCUCGCCAUCGAGCCCGUGCUCUCUGUCUUCGCCCUGAUCAUCUCGCACGCCGAGGCCAGAGAGAACUACCUCGCCAUCGAGCCCGUGCUCUCUGUCUUCGCUCUGAUCAUCUCGCACGCCGAGGCCAGAGAGAACUACCUCGCCAUCGAGCCCGUGCUCUCUGUCUUCGCUCUGAUCAUCUCGCACGCCGAGGCCAGAGAGAACUACCUCGCCAUCGAGCCCGUGCUCUCUGUCUUCGCCCUGAUCAUCUCGCACGCCGAGGCCAGAGAGAACUACCUCGCCAUCGAGCCCGUGCUCUCUGUCUUCGCCCUGAUCAUCUCGCACGCCGAGGCCAGAGAGAACUACCUCGCCAUCGAGCCCGUGCUCUCUGUCUUCGCUCUGAUCAUCUCGCACGCCGAGGCCAGAGAGAACUACCUCGCCAUCGAGCCCGUGCUCUCUGUCUUCGCUCUGAUCAUCUCGCACGCCGAGGCCAGAGAGAACUACCUCGCCAUCGAGCCCGUGCUCUCUGUCUUCGCUCUGAUCAUCUCGCACGCCGAGGCCAGAGAGAACUACCUCGCCAUCGAGAGAACUACCUCGCCAUCGAGGUGA